UCGCUCCUGAUCGCGUCGCUGCUGCUCCCGCUGUUGAUAAAAUUGAUUGUUUAUAAUUUUAGUGCUUAAAUUUUUUGAGUGCAUCCCAUUUUAAAUUUAUUGGCACUUUUCGAUAAAAGAUAUCAAUAGAGUGAAACUAUCGAAAAAGCAUCUCUGCGGCUUGAGUUGAGUUGAGUUAUUAAAAACGCUUGCGUUCGAAAUUUAAAAAAAUCUAGGACGAACUGAAAUGUCGAAUGAGAAUUUUUCGCGUGUGCACAGCUUCAUAGCAAAUAUGUGCGCAUCCAAUGAAGGAGUGCGCAAAGUUUGGGCUCAAUUCGAGAAUGCGGUGAAAAGGAAGGAGGAGCUCAGCGUCAUCAAAAUUCAGGCGCAGAAGGACAGGAACAAUUUGGAACUGGAUUUGAUGGUGCUGUGUGAAGCGGACAAGGUUAAGCAGGAGGCACAACAACAAACAGUCGAAAUUGAGAGACUGCUGAUGGUGACCUUCGAUCAGGUGCUGGAAAUGUCCCACCUGCUGAAAGACGAUAGGAUGAUGAAUAUGCUACACUAUGGGGUGCUGCGCAAACAGAUCGAAGUCCAGGACACACUCAAACGCAUCGAGGAGAGCCAGACAGCCGAUCUCGAGUACAAGGCGACAAUGGAAAACCGCUCAGUUGUGCAAGAGUUUCGCAAAUGGCAACGUGCCUUGCAAAAGUCCCAAGAGAAAUAUGCGGGAAUCCAAUUGGAAUCGGAGGAAUCCAAUCGCCAGUGGCGCAUUAAAAUCGAAAGAGUGACGCAGCAGCGCAACCAAAAGAUUAUCGCAUUGGUUCAGCUAAGCAAACAGCUCGCUGAGUUUGAGGCGUUACCUGAGCUGCGUCAAAUGAGUAGUAGCAGCAACAACAACAACAAGCCGAGCAAUGUUGCACUCACUCUUCAUUUGCAAUCGGCCCGCGAUUUUCUGGAAAACUAUCCCAUUGCUGAGCAGAUGGUUGAAGAUGCAGAAGUUAUGCUUGACAGCAAUCCAAUUGCUGACAUGAUCGGUGAGGAUGCGGCGCCGUUGCAAUCUAUAGUGGUGGUUAAUAAUCAACCGCUGGAGGAUGUCAGCGAUUCAAAUCCACAAAAGCAAGUGCAUUUUGCUCCACUGCCAUCGCCAAUUCGGGUUGACGAUGACUCAUCUAGUUUGGAACAAGAACAAAAAUCAGAAACAUCCGCUAAGAAUUUUACUGAGCGUGCCAUUGUUCAGUAUGUGCAAAUUUUACCAAAAUUGGACUUGUCCAUGGAAUUUCAAACUGAUUCAAAUAGGAAUCUGAACUUUAGUGAUACUUUCGAAUUGAAUGAAAGCGUUUCAGAUGAGCAUUUGGGCAAUGGCAAACAAAUCGAAGGCGUUAAGAAAAGCAUCAACGACACCGAAAUUUUUAUUGAAAAUAAUUUCUCACCAAUGCAAACUGAUGAUUGCGCAAAUGUGAAUAUUAAUGAUAUAAGUAGUAGUAUGGACAUUCAAAAUAAUGAAUUCUUUCUUCAAUUUGAUGAAAGUAGUGAAAAGCAGGGAAAUAAUGAUCGCUCCUAUGACCUCUAAAAUAUAAUGUAAUAUAACUAAUAUACAUCAACUUAAGUAUAUAAAGUAUUCGACUCUUUUGUUUUGAAACAAUAUUAAUUUCCUAAUG